CAGCAUCUAACACGAGUAACCGGCAGGCUGGUCUAUUUGCCACUGUCAAUACCGCCUUCAUCAUUGCAAUGCAGCCAAAUCCUAUUGACACCACCAACGCUCUGUUGGUACAGCUUGUCCAGAACACAUCGGAUGGUCGUUCCAUUACUCAGCCAACGAUCCUUCCACGAUCUACGGUUUCUCUUCUUCCAAAUUCUGGAUGCAGGCGCUUGCAUAUGCGAGCCUUGGAUUUAAUCUUCUCGCUGCCUAUGGCGCUGUCAUGGGAAAGCAAUGGCUGGGUCACUAUAAGACAAACCGUUUCGGUCAUGGGUCUCUCCAAGACCGAUGUCAGCAGAGGCACCGCAAGUUUCAGGAACUAAAGACGUGGCGGUUCGAAAAUGUGUUGCAGUCAUUCCCGGUUCUUCUACAGAUCUCCCUGCUUCUAUUUGGUCUGUCUCUUGGAGCCAUGCUGUGGACGCAACAACGAUUCAUCUCCAUCAUUGUUAUCGCGAUGACUACUUUCGGUGGCCUUUGCCAUGCCUUCAUCAUCACGGUGUCGUUGAUAUGUCCCGACAGUCCAUUUCAGACCCCCGUCUCCUUGGUCAUCCACGCUGUCUUUGGUCGUUUUCGUGCACGUGCGUCUCAGCAUCAAGAUAAAGAUCCUGUCAAAUCAGCCAUGACAUGGAUCUUGCAGACCUCGGGAAGCCCUGAUGUUGUUAGGUCGGUGGUCGAACUGAUACCUACGAUGUCGGGGUUGCCAGACGUGGAUCUCGUGUCAUUGUGCACAGAUAUUCGAGACAUGUUCAAAGCAUGUUUUGAUCAGCAUGGCAUUCCGAUAUUACACGACAGCGCACUGGCAUAUGGGAAAGCGUUGAUCUACUUCUCUUCCAAUCAUGAUGGUGUGAGGCGUAUACUCCACACAACCACAUGGAAGUGGAAUCUCUGGGAACGGUGGCGUGCCCUGUAUCUACCUCAGACACUGGAGCAAUGUAGAAUUGCCUACCGCCGAAUGGGCAAUACCAAUGAUCCACAUUUAAAGUUAUCCUUCCAAGCAGACACCCAUGUUGCUCUGCGUAUGACUGUGGCUGCUGGUUAGACGAUUUCGCCCAUCCCAAUGACAACACGUUGAUUUGGAAUGGUCGAUUCCGAUUGAAAUCCAAUUCGCCGGAAUUUGAU